UCCUAGUUGUGUUGUUUCUCUCUCUCUAUUCUCUUGUGCUGUCGUGUGCUGUGUUGUGCUGUCCUAUGGUGGGGGGAGAAGAGGUGUGGUGAGUAGUGUUAAAGAGGAAGAAACCUGUUUAUGUCAAAGCAAAAACUGCUGCAACUUUGUUUGAAGCGAGAUUCUCUAAUUUCAACCACUGCCUUGCCUUGCCUUGCCUUGCCUGUCGAUUAUAUUCUUAUACAAGUUCAAAAACCCAUGUCAUUGAUCCAUUCCUCAAACCUAAUUCUUUUUCCCACUUUUCAUUUCUGAAAAUACCAUAGCUUGAUGAUUGCUUGAAUAUCAGCAAUUUUAUUAUAUCUUGUUUCUGCUUUGAAUCAAAAUCUUGGAACCUUGAUUCUCUUCUUUUCUUUCAACAUCUCCAAUCCCCCCACUUGUUCAGAUCCGGUUGGGAUUUGCGAUCGAGGAGGAGGAGGAGGAGCUCUUAAUUGAAUGAAUGGAGUCUCACUUGUUGUUGACCUUCUCUUCUUCAGCUAUUCUUAAUUUCAACAUUUUCUUCUUCUUGGUUUUUUUCUCGACAAUCGUCUGGUCUCAGGUAGAAAAUUCAGGCCAACAACAAGUUCAGCAGUCGCCUCCGCCCCCUCCUCCACCUCCGCCGCCUCCACCACCUUCCCCUCCUCCACCUUCUCCUCCACCUCCACCUUCUCCUCCACCUCCUCCUUUUCAACCACCUCCACCUCCUUCUCCUUCUCCUCCUUUUCAACCACCACCUCCUCCUCCUCCAAAUUCAAUUCCUCCCCCACCGCCAGCGCCAUGGGUCAGUAGUGGUUCACCGCCGUUGUCUGGGUCUGGGCACAAGGGACAUCCGCCUAGCCCAAACAGAAACAGAAGCAGAAGCAGAAGCAAAAGCAGAAGCAGAAGCCUUCCAAUGAAUAGGGGGAAGAUUAUAGGGGUAGUGUUUUUGGGGGUUGCAGGGACCUUGCAGGUUGUGGUGGUUUCAUUCUUAAUAGUGAAGAGACAGCAUUUGCUGAAGAACAACUAACUAACAAACAAUGGGGUGAAAAAGGAAAUAGAGAGGAUAUUUUGCUUAUUAUUAAGAGAUGGUUAUGGAUUGUUAAAGACAGAGAAGGGGAAGGGGGGGCUAUAUAGAUGAAAUAUGGAAGAAUGAAUGAAUAGAUGGAUGUGGAUUGGUGUUGUUGUUGUUGUUGUUGUUGUUAUAUAUAGAAUACAACUGCAAGAAAUGAUUCAUUCAAUUCACCUGGAUCUAUCUUGAGGUGCUGCUUACUUUGUAAAUGGAUCUUCAAUUGUAUUGGAUUUGGGGGGUAAACUCUUGCUGCCUUUUUCAUUUUACAUGUCUUUCUAAUUUCUAACAAUAAUACACACACAAACUCUAGAGAGAUUUCUUAUAAUUAUUCUAUUUCAUUCCAUUAUCAAUCCAUGUUUCUUCUUCUUCUUCUUCUUGUUCCUGCAAUUUGCCUCCUCCUAAGGAUUAUUUAUGCUAGCAAGCUAAUUUGGGAUUUGCAACUUUGAUUUAUUAUUAUGGUGUUAUCGGAAUUCCAAUCCCAGCUCUUUCUGUGAUUGUGGAUGAUUAUGAUGAUGUUGGUAUUAUAGAGAGAUUGAGAGAGCAGCUGUUA